CCAGCGACGUUUCGUGCCCGAGGCCCAGCUAAGAUUUCUGAACAAUGCUACCGCCUAUCUGUCAACCCCUUAUUACAGACCAAUUCAGACCGUAUUGGUCACCACGUGCCCUUAUAAAUCCCAAAGUUCAUCUUACAAAGUCCCAUCGCAAGGGAGAAACACAAACGCAUAGAUACAAAAUAAUUACCCCUAUUGAAUCGCCUAUACGCCGUAUGGACCUGAAAACUCAAUUUCGCUGCACAAGAAUACGGAGUAAGCCGUAUCGGUUGAUAGCUAUGCGACCGAUGUAAUUAAAUCUGGGUAUAAGGUGCAGACGAAGUGUGGGGCAAGCAGCGACUUGCGCGGUUUGUAUUUUGGCAAUUUGCAUCGCUUCGUGUUUGUUGAACACGUCAGCCAGCAGCUGCCAAUAACGCACGCGGGCAACACGCAAUGAUCGAACACACCGUGUUUACACUGCGUCUCGUACACACAGAGGCGACCAGUGACUCAACGACUGCUCUACAUCAUACCGGUGGUCUCGAAACCAUUAGGAAUCGGACAUUUGUCUCGAAUACAAUGCAGUUAUGAAUUAGAAAGAAAAGGCGAGAAGCUACAUUUUAGACUGCGUAAUUGUUUGGGGCAAAUAUUGUUGACGAGCGCCUAUGCAUGCUGGAACAGCGCGAGGGGGGGGGGUGGCCAGCACCACAGCGCACACACACUGAAUGUCAACACUGCGGAGGUGUUCGCUGUUGCCCUGCUGUAUAACUCUCUGAUGUGUUUGUCGUGGUUGCACCGCGUGUUGUUAGUUGCUGAAGAAGCUUGCACCACGUGGAGCAAUAACGUCGGACAUCGGACCGAGCUGAGCGCGGUCGAACCCAAACGCACGUGGUGGCGCAGCGCUGCGCCGAGUGUCAAUGCUUGCUGCGCAACCUCAGGGCACCGAUGUCUUCUGCAGCGAAUCUUGGCUGGCACAGCAUCGCCAAGGGUGGCAUCGUCAUCCCUCGCCCACCCGUGGACCCGAGAGACCGGGCACAUCGUGGCACCCCCAGGGACCCCGUCGCGCUCUCCCUGCCACCCAUCGGGAACCGCGGGGACCCCGGGCCCUGCACCCCAAGGAGAGGGGACCCAACUUCCUUUCGGGACCAGCAGCAGCAGCCGCAGCACCGCGCCACGCCUCGCCGUCUCCUCGCCCUGCAACCGAAGCAGACGCUGCGGCAUUCGUGGCCAGGGUUUGUCAGGGGGCCCCAAGGGAUGGGACAUCGGGGAUCCCUCCUCCUUGGGGGUCGGAGUGAGGGUAGACUUUGUCAGCCUAGGCCACCCGCGGGCGAGAAGGGGGGCACAGCAGAGGGAGGAGCUCUCCCGGGUGCCGAAGGAGACCCGGCGGCUCCGUUCUCCCUGUGCCUCACCCCGGAGGCGAUCGGGGUCCUGCAGAAGAGGAGGCUCGCCCAGGGGCUGCGGCUGGGAGGAGUGGACGAGGAGGGAGAGAAGAAGCGACGAGGGCAGGCGGGGAGGGGGCGAGGUGUGGGCCACGUGGCGAGUGGAGAACUGGUCCAAGGAUUUGGAGGCGAGAUCUUCAGCGAGACGGAGGUACCAAAGGGACUUCUCAGGAUUUCUCUGCUCAACGACAGACAUCGCUACGACGACGUGGAGUACGAGGACGAUGAUGACGACCGUGGUGGUGGUGGUGGUGGAGUGAAGUCAGCCAGGACGCUGCACGUGGACGCAGGGGUUCGUGACAAGUGCGUGAUGUGGCUGCGAGGGCUGGAGGAGGCAAGGGGAGGUCACAGUCUGCCUCACCUCAUUCUCUAGACAUCGUCAACAUCUUUAUCAGUCUUCACUUCGGCUGGAGGAAUCCGAUGAGCUAUGAAGCUCUUUUUUCACAGACGUUCAGUAGAGGCAGUCGGCAAGUUAAAUCAUCAUCAUCAUCGUCAGCAUCGUCACGUUGCCAUGAGAUAAUCAGGAGCAUAAUCGUUGAAUUCACAUGAUUCAUAAUGAUGUUUAAUACACAUUUGCAUGUUAUGCAUUAAGAAAGGUCUAUCACCAUCAUCAUCGCUAUCAACAUCCACGUAAUUUAAUUCAUAUCCUCACAAUCACAGAUGGCUCACGUGAUUACCAUGAGUUAAUCAUUGACAUCGCCAUUCAAUUCACAUCAUCAUCAUCAUCACAUUAAAUUCACAUUGUCAUGACGCAUAUCGGGCCGUGGUGGCUAUGCACGUCGCCUGCAAUCCAGCGCUCUGGGGGCAGCAGCGAGGGUUGGCAGUGCCGGACUAAGCUGGUGCGGGGCCUGUUGCGUGAUGUUAUAAAGGGGCCCUAAAAUAAAUAAAAACACAGAAAUAUUAAAACACUAUUUUUUUUACUUACGUAGUAAAGUAAUUGUAUUUUUUCAUUUGUUAUACAGCCAGAUAAUAUGACACAUAGCUAACCUUAAACAUCCAGUCCUUCAUAAAAGUUGAAGGCGGUAUAGUACUAUAGUAAUAGAGCAAGUGCAGAAUCACUGAACCGGAAUUGA